AUGUCAAAACUGUGUGGUUUGAACGUAGUUCAGCUACGAGAAUUACAGAAACGAAGCCUUGUCACAAGUGGCAACAAAGAAGUACAAGUAGCACGUCUGAGAGAAGCUCUCAUCGACGAAGGUAAGAACCCAGACGAAUUCAAGUUUGAUGGUGCUGAUGAAGACAAUGAAAUUAGCACAGGCACGUUUUCAACCGCUAAAAUGAUGGAACUUCUGCUUAGUAUGUCAACUGAAAUGAAACAGAUCAAGGAACAGUCCGAACGACAGACAGAGGAGUUAAAACAGAUCAAAGAACAGUCCGAACGACAGUCCGAACGACAGACAGAAGAGUUAAAACAACAGAUCAAGGAACAGUCCGAACGACAGACAGAGGAGUUAAAACACGUAAAAUUGGAAGUGGCAGAACAGAUUGAAGAACAGUCAACAAGAAUAGAAAUGAUCGAACAGAAACUUGAUCGUCAGACCGUUGAGGUAGAUCACAAGAUAGACAAAUUGAAGCGAGAAUUGGAGCAAUCCAAAAAAAAUGGCCAUGCCGUUAGAUCACGCAUCCGGAAGAACUUUGACGGUACCAGCAUUUGA